AAACUUAAACAAAUUUUUAUUAGUAUUGUUAAGACCUGUGCUUCACUAAAAACUGCAGCAGCCAAAUUGAAAGUAAAUACUCAGCUUGUAAACGAUGCUGUUAUUAAUGCUGUUAAAAAAAAUAUACAAAACACCCAGGAAAUCAUUCUUUUUGUCAAAGAUUCAGACGUUUCAAAAGCCAUCAAAGAGCCCGUUGUGAACGGAGUUGAUCAAGCAAAAGUUAUUUAUGCUCGAGCUGUGCGUUUUCUUUUAAACGAUAUCAAAAAUGUUAAUUGUAAAACCUUGGUUUCUGCAGAAGUUUGCAAAAAAGUUGCUGAUUAUGCUAAAAGUCUUAAACUGAGCACAACUGACGCCACAAACCCCGUUAAAGAAGCCAUCGUCCAGGGUGCUAACAAUGCUGCGGAUUAUUUUGAUAACGCAGCUGAAUACCUGAGAGCACAAAUAUCUUGCGAAAAUGUUCUUUCAGCUCAAACAUGUGAAAAAGUCCAAAAAAUUGCCGAUAAAUUCAGUGUAUCAUUAACCGAAGUCAACUCAGUUAUACGAUCUGCUGUAGCCAGUGGUGUUACUAAUGUUACAGAUCUUUACAAACAUACUGUUAGUUUCAUAAUUGAGAAAUGGACACAAAGUUUUGGAGACGAGCCCUUGAUGUACAAGAGAAGCAUAGGUUCGGAUCUUUUUGAUUUACCCGUCAACUUAAUAUUAUUUGUUGUUUUGUCAGAGAUAUGGUGGUCAGAAGGAGGUCAGAGAUAUCAUUCAUGUGUAAGGAGGUCAGAGAUAUCAUUCAUGUUUAAGGGGGAUUGUUUAAGUUCUCAAUUUAAAUAUGUUAUUUAA